GGGGGCGUGUGGUGGUGGUGACCUUCCCUGGAUCAGACAGAAAAGGGGGGGUGCGAGGGGGUGUUAGCUGGUAGGCGUAUUUUUGUGAAUGGAGCUCCAUUGUGUCAUAUUCGGAUCGCUGAGCUAAAAUUAGCUGCAUUUUUUAUUUUUAUUUUUUUAAUUCCCAGACUGCAUGAUCAUUAUCAUCAUCGGAAGGAGAUGAGAUGAUGAUGAUAGGAGGAAGAAGACGGAAUUCUAUAAGAUGAGGGCCAGCAGCUUCGAGCAGCGCGCCGUGCCCCAGGACGUCAUGCACCAUUUUUAGUAGAAGCUCUAAAAAUAGAAUGUGUUGAUGAUGGUUUGAAGUGGGAGCGGCGUGAGUCUUCUUCCUAGGAUGUGGCACCUUUCAGCCAUGAUUCUCUCGCUGGCCGCGGCGGCAGCCAUGACCAGCGGCGGCGGUGACGGCUUCAACUCCUCGUCCGCCCUCGAACUCAUCAGCUCGUCCACUUCCUGGGGUCUCUCCGAGGAGCUUUCCAACUCCUCCUCCGAGCCGGCGGUGCAGAUGACCCCCGACCUCCAGCCGGCCACCACCGCCGUGGCCGUCCAGGAGGUGAGCCCUUGGGACAUCGCGCUGUGUGUGACAGGUACGCUCAUAUCCUGCGAGAACGCGCUGGUCAUCGCAGUGCUCUUCUACACGCCCACGCUGCGAGCGCCCAUGUUCGUCCUGAUCGGCUCGCUGGCGGUGGCCGACCUCCUGGCCGGUCUGGGCCUCAUCCUGAACUUUGUCUUCACCUACUUGGUGGACGGCUCCUUGGAGCUGGUGACUCUUCUGUCCGUGGGACUGUUGAUCUCGGCUUUCUCCGCGUCCGUCCUCAACAUCCUGGCCAUCACGGUGGACCGCUAUCUGUCGCUCUACAAUGCGCUGACCUACCACACGGAGCGGACGGUCACCUUCACCUACGUGAUGGUGGUCUUCAUCUGGCUGUCGUGCAUCACGCUGGGCCUGCUGCCGGCGCUCGGCUGGAACUGCUUGCGGGACGAGGCCAUGUGCAGCAUCUGCCGGCCGGUCACCAAAAACAACGCCGUGGCACUGGCCGUCACCUUCUUACUGGUCUUCGCCCUGAUGAUGCAGCUCUACUUGCAGAUCUGCAAGAUCGCCUUCCGCCACGCGCAGCAGAUCGCCGUGCAGCACCAGUUCGUGGCCAUCUCAACCACCAAGGGUGUCUCCACGCUGUCGGCCAUCCUGUGUGCCUUCGGGGCAUGCUGGCUCCCCUUCGCCAUGUACUCCAUCGUGGCCGACUCCAGCUACCCCGCGAUAUAUACCUACGCCACUGUGCUGCCCGCCACCUGCUGCUCCGUCAUCAACCCCGUCAUCUACGCGUUCCGAAACCCGGACAUCCAGAAGUCGCUGUGGAUGGCGUGCUGCGGUUGCGUCCCGUCCAACAUUUCACUGAGACCCCGCGCCUCUAGCGAUGUGUAGCACGGCCAAACGCGUCUUUGAGGCGGGGAGGCAAGGAGCGUGGCAGCUGCUCCCCUCGGGGAAGAGGUCAGUGGUAGGACAGCGAGGACAGACGCCGGCUUUGACCUCGCUGGAAAAAACCCGAAGCACCGAGACCUCCUCGAGGCCUACCUCUCAGGAGUAGCAUCUCUGUGAAGGUUAAGACGGACCCUGACCUUGCUGGGAAAGUGCUGCAUGCUUAUGCAAUUAGAAGGUUACGGAAUGCUCUGGAAUUCCAGUGAAUGACCUUGGCUAUCUUCUAUGAGCUAACAUGUUCUCUCCUGAUGGGGGGGAAACAACGUUGUCCUUUAAUCUGAUGCAGAUACACCUAACUGGGAGGUUAUUGAUUGGAUGUCUUUGUCAUCUCCUUUCAAGCACAUUAUAGAAUUUUUUUCCAGAAAAAAAACAACAGCACAAUCAGCAUUUUCCCAAAGGCAGGCAGAUGGAAAGCAUCCAUCCUAGAUAUGUGAGCCCCCACCCUUCCUCACAAAGACACCAGCUAGGGUGCACGUCGGGUGUUAUGAAACAGCGCGAGGGGGAAAAACGUGGUUGGCUGCGCCGUGACUGCGAAAGCGGCAUUCAGAACCAAGGACAGCACCACUGCGGCGGUAUGUAGGGGAAGCUUCUAUGCUGCGGGGGCGGGGACUGCUGGUAGGAAGGGCGGAGGGAUGGAGGAUGGGUGGAGAGGCCUGGAAAGUAGGCUAGGCUCUUCUUCCUUAACAUCUCCACGAUGGCCUUUAGGAAGAGGAAUAAGUUUCCCUUUGAUUUCUUACGACCUUUAUGACGAUGGAAAAUGCGCUCAUCACAGAAAGUUUUACGAUGCACAUACACUUUAAAUUUGAAGGCAGCCCCUCGACUACAUUGAUUAUCCAUUAGUUUGAGCUGGGAUGAGUACUUCCAAAUGCAGCCGUUCACUCAUGACCACGUUUCAUGUCAUGCUCUUAAAAUGCAUAAAGAUACAACUUCCAACAUAUUACUCUGGAACAGAGAGAAGAUUCCCACCUCGGCCGAGGAAAUCUCUCAUUAGAAGAAAUUAAGCAAACUGAAGUAAAAUACAUUGUGUAGUUUAGAACCAUUUUGGGCUAAUAACGUCUUUAUGAUGAUAUCAAUAAGGAUGUGGUGAUAUUGGCUUUGGGAAAAUGUUUGCUGGCCACCUUACAAAUACAAAAUAUAUCAGGUUGUUAAACAGGGAAUCAUUUGACGCUUUUUAACCAAAUAACGACAACAGUAAGAAACCUAGUGACAAAUCUCAUCCUAAAAAUGUCACUUCAACCACUUUUGUUGAAACUUUGCAAUCUUUUGUUUUUUGGUCUCACUUGAACAGGAAUAAUGUUCAUGUGCAAUAAUGUAAUAACAAGUGUUUUGUGUGUGUUUGAAAAGUGAAACAAAUUGAGAUAGAGAGAACUAGCAAGCAUAUUUGAUAUUCUGCAGGACAAUCUCAUUUUCAAUGGUAUUGGAAUAUCGAAGGAGUAAACAAAUAUGGUGCAAAGCACCACUUUUUUAGUUGAAUAUGCUGCCACUGUGACUCAAAUACUGACAUGGGUUUGUGUCAUUCUUUUAUUUUUUUUGACUAACUGCAAAACCUGUGAGGUGUUAGUGCAUUUGUCACAUGGUGAAAUAGAAAAACAUAUAUUAUUUUUAAUUCUAAACAUAUUUAUAUUCAAUCCAGAGAGGCCAACGGGAAGAGCAUUUCAUGAUGAGCAUCAAUGAUGACAAGUUUUGCGUAGCCAUCAGCAUUCAGACAUGUUAGAUGGGGCGCACAGUUAAAUAUAUUGUUAACAUUUUUAAAGUUACUGUUCUCCACUGUGCUCAAUACCAGGGUAGAACGGAAUAUACGUUAGGUCAGGAAAAAACACAGAGGCUAUUUCAUUCCUACAAGCCUGUUACACUUAAACAGGAAGCUAACCAGCCUGCUAACUACUCUCAAUAAACUAAAUCUAAACAGGAAGCUAACCAGCCUGCUAACUGCUCUCAAUAAACUAAACCUAAACAGGAAGCGAACUAGCCUGCUAACUGCUCUCAAUGAACUACACUUAAACAGGAAUCUAACUAGCCUGCUAACUGUUCACAAUGAACUACACUUAAACAGGAAUCUAACUAGCCUGCUAACUGUUCUCAAUGAACUACACUUGAACAGGAAGACUGCUCUCAAUGAACUACACUUAAACAGAAAGCUAACCUGCCUACUAACCGCUUUCAAUAAAAUAAACUUAAACUGGAAGCUAAUUGGCCUGAUAACUGUUCUCAAUGAACUACACUUAAACAGGAAUCUAACUAGCCUGCUAACUGUUCACAAUGAACUACACUUAAACAGGAAUCUAACUAGCCUGCUAACUGUUCUCAGUGAACUACACUUGAACAGGAAGACUGCUCUCAAUGAACUACACUUAAACAGGAAGCUAACCAGCCUACUAACCGCUUUCAAUAAAAUAAACUUAAACUGGAAGCUAACUAGCCUGCUAACUGUUCUCAAUGAACUACACUUAAACAGGAAGGUAACUAGCCUGCUAACUGUUCUCAAUGAACUACACUUGAACAGGAAGACUGCUCCCAAUGAACUACACUUAAACAGGAAGCUAACCAGCCUACUAACCGCUUUCAAUAAAAUAAACUUAAACUGGAAACUAACUAGCCUGCUAACUGUUCUCAAUGAACUACACUUAAAAAGGAAGCUAACCGGCCUACUAACUGUUGUCAGUUAAAUAAAAACUUACCCAAGAAGCUAAGUAGCCUGCUAACUGUUCUCAAUAAACAACAUUUAAACAGGAAGCUAACAAGCCUGCUAACUGUUCUCAAUUAACUACAUUUAAAAAGGAAGCUAACCGGCUUACUGACUGUUCUCAACAAACUAAACUUAAACAGGAAGCUAACCAGCCUGCUAACUGCUCUCAAUUUUAAUAAACCUAAACUAGAAGCUAACUAGCCUGCUAACUGUUCUCAACAAACUAAACUUAAACAGGAAGCUAACCAGCCUACUAACAGUUGUCAGUUAAAUAAAAACGUAUCCAGGAAGCUAACCAGCCUACUAACAGUUGUCAGUUAAAUAAAAACGUAUCCAGGAAGCUAUUUACAGUAUUCUUCUCCACUGUUUAAGUUAGCUCGGUGCCACUGAAGGGAACGUGACCAAGAACGAUGGCAACGUUCAAAUUUGAAUCUAUUGUCCACCACCAGACGCCCCAUCUGGCAUGCCUGUCCUGGUUUGUUGUUGUUGUUGUUGUUGUUGUUGUUGUUUUUAUUCCAAUGAAUAUUUCUCAUCUGUGAAUAUGACACUAGUCAGCUAAGCAUUCCUGUGGUAGAAGUGAAGCGACCAGUCACUGUGUAUUAGUGUGUGUGCGUGUGUGUGUGUGUGUGUGUGUGUGUGUGUGUGUGUGUGUGUGUGUUCUUGUAUUUCUACCCUUCUUGAGACAUCAACAAGGAAAAGUACCGUUCAUAUGAGGACCGGUGAACAAGUUAAGACAUAAAUCAUGGUCCCAAUACAGAAAACCAUCGCAUCUAAUAGAGAAUGUCUCAUUUGCACCCCCUGGUGGGGAAAUCUAUUAAAUUAGGGUGGUUAGGGGUUUUUCAAAUUGACUGUGCACCCUGCCUUCCGCCCGAAUGCAGCUGAGAUAGGCUCCAGCAACCCCCGCAACCCAGAACGGGACAAGCGGUAGAAAAAUGGAUGAAGGAUGUGUGUCGGUUUUAAAAGUGCUCCCCCUCUGGUCAACAUAUGAAAUAACAAGUCUGUGUAAAAAAUUGAAAUGCUAAUGAAAAAUGUUUAAUAAAUAUGUAUAUAGAGACAUACUGCAAUAACUUGAAGUAAAUAAUGAAGAUUAAAAACCAAUUACAAACAAGAAAAUUCAACAAACAAAAAAAGACAGGCAUUUUUCGGAGGUCUCAAGAAAGUAGGAAAUACAAGAAUAUGUGUGUGUUUUUGUGGAAUCACAGCCAAUAAUGUAAUGUAAUGACUCAUAUUGAAACCAAAUCUCACUGUAAACACACACACAUUGCGAAUGGGGGGGUAUGAGGUGAGGACGUGGGGUGAUGCUACACAGGAUCAUUUCUUUGUAGUUUUUUUUAACAUAUGAACACGUGUGUUAUUUUUCUUAUGCAAAAGCUGUACAGAAAUGUCUAUUUUUGUAACGUUUCAUCAGGGCAUGAGUUGUCAAAUAUGUCUAUUCCUCGUCACUGUUUGUUGUUUUUUUUGAUGGAUCGGGGGAGACGUUAUGCUGAAAAAGUGCCAUAUUUCCCAAGGUUCUAGUGUCUUACUUUGAUUUGCCGACGUAGGCCAGACAGAAGCAAUGGAACACAGAGCAGACGGGCACUUGACCUUGCUGCUAUUGAUCGCUCGGCUCGGCAAAGGAGCCAAAAUAGACGGUGAUCGAUUCUCCGCUUGACAUGCAAUAGCUGGGCGGGGGGCUUUUUUGGCCGGCACGCUAAACGUCAGCGGUCUUGCGCGUCACGGUCCGCCAUCUUUGUCUUAGAGAGCGGGAGGGGGGUGUCUCUUUUCAAAAGACGUCCGCCCGUCUCCUUCAUCGUUCCGUACCAAUUAUUACGUCCUUCCCUCGGCCUGGAAGGCAAGUCGGUCAGGCUAAAAAUAGUUAGCCUGGAAGAAGAUGACAAGCAGGAUGUUUUCCUGAACACUUCUUCCUUGUUCAGUCCUGUGAUUUUGAGGGUCUCCCACUUUUUGGAGGGUCGGGGGUCAUCGGCAGGGACGUCUGAGAUGUAUCAGUCCAGAAAAAAAACCAUGACAGAGCUAAUAUGUGGACCGAGUAUGGCCUUCAUUGAGAAAUGUGUUGUUUUAUGCAUCUGCCAAUGUAUGUGUGUGUGUGUGUGUGUGUGUGUGUGUGUGUGUGUGUGUGUGUGUGUGUGUGUGUGUGUGUGUGUGUGUGUGUGUGUGUGUG